AUGCACUGCGAGCUGGAUAUUUCUAGCUAUUUGAAACUGGACGACCUGCAAGAAUGUGGAGUUAACAUGGAAUGGCAUGGUGAAUUGGCACUUUCUGAUCUCGAAGAUGAUGUAAGCCUUGAUUUUCAUGAGAAGCAUGUUAUCAGUCGACACGAUUUACAGCCAAGGUCCAUCCAUAUGCCGUCGAUGAUCCAUACUCAGCCUGUCCAUUUGAUUCACGUUCACAAUUUGAAAUUUUUACAGACGAGUUUUGAAGAAGAAGAUGAACAGAGAAUUAUUUGUUCUUCUUCUACACCACCUUCACUGGCUGACACAAGACACAGUUCUGUUUUCUCUUCUACAAGAAGUAUCAACGUGUUACUGGAAGAAGACGAGCAAGAUUUGGACAAUGACUUGCAGUGCAUGGCUCCAGUGAAGAAAAAACAGCAACGUGCAUUGGUGGCACCCAUCAUGUUCUCCUCUUCAUCUUCAAAGAAAGAUUCGGUCGUUUCGGAAAAGGAUCAGUUUGUUUACACGCUAACUAACAAGUUACUACCUUAUUUUGGGUAUUUCUUGGCUGAUUCUAACGAUUUGGAUUAUUUCGAUAAGAUUAGAUUCCAAGAAAUUGAUUACAAGUUCUCCAAGACGUAUUUUUGA